AUGGCUUUCCGACUUUUGGCGGGCAUCACGGGACGCCAGCUCUUGGCUGGCGGCGCUGCGCUUGGAGGAACAGGCCUUGCUGGAUCACUGAUUCAGACAGAAAGUGAAAGGCUGCAGGCUACAGAAGCUCAAGUGCAGUUCCGUACCUCCUCCAUCCACCCAACUCCUGUUGGUUACAGCCCUUGGCAAAUCCGUAACGACUAUCCCACCUCGGAUAUUCUCAAGGCGAGCCUCAAGGCACAGAAAGAUGAUUCGCUCCCCAAUGCUCCCUCCUCAUUGAUCCCAGCCCCCGGAUUGCCCGGUGACUUUGAGGGGGAGAAUGCGCCGUGGUUCAAGUUCCACUAUGAAAAGGAACCUGAAAAGUUUGCUAAGGCCAUCAAAGAGUAUUGUUUUGAUGGCAAUGUCGACAACGGGUUCCGACUCAACGAGAACACGGUCCGAGAUUGGUACCACGCACCUUGGAUGCAUUAUCGGGACCCAAACUCGAUGUGUACGGAGCGUGAGCCCAUCAAUGGCUUUACAUUCGAGAGAGCGACACCUGCCUUAGAGUUCGCUAAGACACAAAAUGUGGCCCUACAGAACUGGGCCGUUGGAUUUUAUAACGCUACCGGUGCAACUGUCUUUGGUGACAUGUGGAAGGAUCCCGAUAACCCUGAUUUCUCCCAGAACAAGGAAUUCCCGGUCGGAACAUGUGUUUUCAAGAUCCUGCUGAACAACUCGACGCCUGAGCAGAUGCCCAUUCAAGAUGGGGCCCCAACAAUGCAUGCAGUCAUUUCCAAGUCAACAAAAAAUGGAAAGGAGCGAAAUGACUUCGCGUCGCCACUUCGUCUGAUUCAGGUCGACUUUGCUAUUGUUGACAAGCGAUCACCGAUUGGAUGGGUCUUUGGCACUUUCAUGUAUAACAAAGACGAACCCGGAAAAGGCCCGUGGGACAAACUAACUCUCGUCGGUCUUCAGUGGGGUAAUGACCACUGGUUAACAAACAAGGUCGUUGAGGAGACCAAGGCUGAGAAACACGUGGCUAAGCCACGACAGUGUUAUAUCAGUAAAGAAGCAGAGAAGAUUCGAAAGCGAGAGGGUGGCACAAGACCUUCAUGGGGCUGGAAUGGUCGCAUGAAUGGUCCAGCCGACAACUUCAUCUCGGCAUGUGCCUCUUGUCACUCAACGUCGUCAUCCCAUCCCAUGUAUAAUGGCAGGGUUAAGGAUGGCGUGAAGCAAACCUACGGCAUGGUGCCGCCACUAACUAUGGAGCCCAUCCCCAAGCCUAAAGAAGGCAACACUUUCAGCGAUGUCAUGAUCUACUUCCGAGACGUCAAGCCAGGUGUACCAUUCGACGAGGGCGUCAACCCCAAGAAUCCGGAUGAGAAUGAUCCUAGCUACAAGAGCAAGGUCAAGAGCGCUGACUACUCUCUGCAGUUACAGGUCGGUUGGGCGAACUACAAGAAGUGGAAGGAGGACCACGAGACUGUGGUGCAGAGCAUCUUCCGUAAGACAAGAUAUGUCAUCGGUUCCGAGUUGGCUGGUGCUUCCGAUCUGUCGCAGAGAGACCAAGGUCGACAAGAGCCAACGGACGAUGGUCCUGUCGAGUGA